AUGUUCCUCUAUAUCACUCCUUAUGCUCCACCAUAUGGCUCACGCUUGCAAACUAUACAGGGCAAGGUCGCAGAGCUACGGCAAGAGCUCAAUAGCGGCGGCAAGAAAGACAAGAACUAUUCCGCCAAAAAGAUCGCACUCAAGAAGAUCGUUGCCAACAUGACCAUGAGCAACAAUGACAUGAUUGCGCUGUUUCCGGACGUUAUUGGUUGUAUGAAUCUGCCAAGCUUGGAGAUCAAGAAAAUGUGUUUCUUAUUCCUUGUGAACUACUCGAGGAUGAAACCCGAGAUCGCAUUGAAGGCGCUGCCUAUAUUGGUUGAUGAUAUGGCAGAUAACAACCCACUUGUUCGCGCCCUGGCAGUACGAACCAUCUCAUAUGUGCAUGUUCGCGAAUUUGUCGAAGCGACCUUCCAACCUGUCAAGCGCCUGAUGCAGGAUAAUGAUCCCUAUGUUCGCAAGACGGCUGCUUUCUGCGUUGCAAAGCUAUACGAGCACGAUAAGAAGAUGGUAGAGAACUCGGAUCUGAUUGACAGGCUUAAUCGCAUGUUGAAAGAUGAGAAUCCGACUGUCGUUUCCAGCGUUCUGGCUUCGCUGGUCGAUAUCUGGGGCCGCAGUGAAUCUAUCUCACUCACUAUUGACUACGUCAGUGCGUCAAAACUGGUUUCUAUUCUGCCAGACUGUUCUGAAUGGGGCCAAACCUACAUCCUCGAGGCUCUAAUGUCGUAUGUGCCCCAGGAUUGCGCAGAGGCACUUCUACUAGCUGAGAGAAUUGCUCCGCGACUAUCACAUUCGAAUUCCGCCGUCGUACUUACCUCCUGUCGUGUCAUUCUUUAUCUCAUGAACUACAUUGCAGGUGAAAAGCACAUCACCUCCUUGUGCAAAAAGCUAUCUCCGCCCCUCGUCACAUUGCUUUCGAAGCCGCCAGAGGUUCAAUAUUUGGCAUUGCGAAAUGCUAUUUUGAUUCUUCAGAAGAGACCAGAGGUCUUGCGGAAUGAUAUCCGAGUGUUUUUCUGCAACUACAACGACCCAAUUUAUGUCAAAGUGACCAAGCUGGAAUUAAUGUUCAUGCUGACCACGAAAGAGAACAUCUCUGUCGUGUUAGCAGAGCUGCGAGAAUAUGCCACUGAAAUUGACGUUCACUUUGUGCGCAAGGCCGUUCGGGCCAUUGGCAAAUUGGCAAUCAAGAUCGAGUCGGCUGCGAAGCAAUGCAUCGAGACGCUUUUGGAACUGGUCGAUGCCAAGAUCCCAUACAUUGUCCAAGAGGCAACAGUGGUGAUUCGCAACAUCUUCCGUAAAUACCCCAACCAAUACGAGAGCAUAAUCAGUCACGUCAUUCGAAACAUCGAUGAUUUGGACGAGCCCGAGGCCAAAGCAGCUGUCAUUUGGAUCAUCGGCCAAUAUGCAGACCGCAUUGAUAACUCAGACGGCCUCCUCCAGGAUUAUUUGGCCACCUUCCACGACGAAACAGUCGAGGUGCAGCUGGCCCUGCUCACGGCUACCGUCAAACUUUUCAUUCAACGCCCCACCAAGGGCCAACAGCUCGUACCACAAGUACUGAAAUGGUGCACCGAGGAAACCGACGACCCUGAUCUGCGUGACCGUGGCUACAUGUACUGGCGCUUACUAUCAACGGACCCAGCAACCGCCAAGCAGGUCGUCAUGGGCCAAAAGCCCCCGAUCACCGCCGAAAGCGAGAAGUUGGACCCACGCACCCUGGAGGAAUUGUGUCUGAACGUCGGCACACUAGCCACCGUCUAUCUCAAGCCCAUCCACCAAGUCUUCCGCGCCGCCCGCCCUCGCCGUUUGAUGCCCAGCCCAGCGCUACAACGUGAACCUGUCACGCCAAUCAACGGACCGCCUCCUUCUCUGCCAACAGGCCCCGGGGGCAACCCGACAAUCACAGGCCCGAACAAUAUGAACGAAGCCGCUGAUGCAGCAGAUGCUUACUUCAGUGGAAUUGGGUCCCAGCAGAUGGCUUCAAUGAAUAUUGGCGGUGGUAAUGCGUCUCAGUCGCAGUAUGUCGUGAAUCAGAAUCAGCAGUCGGCUUAUCAGCCGCAACUAGCUGGUGGUGUGGCCACGGGUGAGCUGUUAUUGUUAUAA